AUUUCCUUAAUAUUUUUCCCUAAUUUCUCUAAAUCCCUAAUAAUUUUUUCGAGUUUUUGGACUAAUUUCAAGACUAAGGUCAUUCUCUGUUGGUUUUCUUGUAAAAAGAUUGAAUUUUUAUUGCAAAAUUUUAUUCAGAUUCUAGGGAAAAAAUUAGGGUUCUUUGUGCUGCAAUUGAGUAGUUAAAUUCAUAAUUAUGAGUCCUUGAAGGGUUUUUGGGAAUUUUAAAGAAAAUAUAAGGAUUUGAUUGAAAAGAAUUAUUGAAUUUCAAGGUGUAAUUCAUAUUCUAGGUAUUUAACUUUUUUGGGGCAAAUAUAAGGAUUGAUUGAAGAGAAAUUCCUUUUUAAUUGCUGAUUCUUGAAUUUCAAGGUGUAAUUUUUAGGGUUCUUUUUGCUUCAAUUUAGGGCUAGUAUUAACUUUUUGGGGCAAAUAAUUAUAGGUUCUUGAAGGGUUUUUAGCAAUUUUAAAGAAAAUAUAAGGAUUGAUUGAAGAAAAUUCCUUUUUAUUGCUGAAUUCUUGAAUUUCAAGUUGUAAUUAGGAAUCUUGAAUGUUUAGGAUUUUCUUUGUACUCUACAAUUGAGUAGUUAUAUUCAAGGGGUAGUAUUAACUUUUUUGAGUAGUUAUAUUCAAGGGGUAGUAUUAACUUUUUUGAGUAGUUAUAUUCAAGGGGUAGUAUUAACUUUUUUGAGGCAAAAUAUUAUAAGUCCUUGAAGGGUUUUUGUGAAUUAAAGAAAAUAUAAGGAUUUCAUAGAAGAAAAUAUUCCUUUUUAUUGUUGAAUUCUUGAAUUUCAAGGUGUAAAUUCAAGGGUAAGUAUUAACUAUUUGGGGAAAAAGAUUAUAGGUUCUUGAAGGGUUUUUUUGGGAAUUAAAGAAAAUGUAAGGAUUUAAUUUGAAGAGUAAAAGUUUCUUGAGUUGAAUGGGGAAUACAUGUGUAGGACCCAAUUUGGGCAACAAUGGGUUCUUGCAAUCAGUUACAGCAGCUAUUUGGAAAACAAGGCAACCAGAACAUUUACCUCUCCCAAAUAAAGGGGACUCAACUUCCCACAAAAGCCAAGAGAAUUCAUCAGUUGGUUCGUCGAAAACAGAUGCAAAUGUUACUCAGAGUACCCCACCUCCACACCUUAAGAUUACUGGGGACACUGAGUAUGAUGCUAAAUCAGUAAAUGCCCAAAAGGGUGUUAAAGAGGAGGGUAAUGAUGUCAAGAAUCCAAAUGUUAAAAGUACUACGACUAGCGAUAAGCCAACGGAGGGAGUGAAACAGAACAAGCCUAGUCAUGUGAAGCGAUUAUCGAGCAUAGGGCUUAAAAUGGAAUCAGUUUUGGGAAGAAAGACGGGAAAUUUGAAGGAUGUUUAUAGUUUAGGGAGGAAGCUUGGACAAGGGCAAUUCGGAGAGACGUUCUUAUGUGUGGACAAGGAACAUGGAAAGGAAUUGGCGUGUAAGUCCAUUGCUAAAAGGAAGUUGAAUACUGAGGAGGAUGUGGAGGAUGUAAGAAGGGAGAUUCAGAUUAUGCACCACUUAGCAGGGCACCCUAGUGUGGUACAAAUAGUGGGGGCUUAUGAGGAUGCUGUUGCAGUACAUGUUGUGAUGGAGCUUUGUUCGGGUGGAGAGCUAUUCGACAGGAUUUUACAGAGAGGACAUUACAGUGAGAAGAAGGCAGCUGAACUUUCUAGGGUAAUUGUAGGUGUUGUGGAAGCAUGCCAUUCCAUGGGUGUCAUGCAUAGGGACCUGAAACCCGAGAACUUUCUUUUUAUCAAUCAGGAUGAGGAUUCGCCCUUGAAGACCAUUGACUUUGGGUUAUCAGUGUUCUUCAAGCCAGGUGAAAUGUUCACUGAUGUUGUCGGAAGCCCUUAUUAUGUUGCCCCAGAAGUCUUGCGGAAGCAUUAUGGUCCAGAAUGUGAUAUAUGGAGUGCUGGAGUGAUCAUUUAUAUUUUACUAAGUGGAGUUCCCCCCUUUUGGGAAGAGACGGAGCAAGGAAUAUUUGAACAGGUUUUAAGAGGGGAACUUGACUUUGUAUCAGAACCUUGGCCAAAUAUAUCAGAAAGUGCAAAAGAUCUUGUCAGAAAGAUGCUUGUGAGAGAUCCAAAAAAGCGGCUAACAGCCCAUGAAGUCCUUUGUCAUCCAUGGGUCCGUGUUGGCGGUGUAGCUCCAGAUAAGCCUCUUGAUUCUGCUGUUCUGAGUCGUCUCAAUCAAUUUUCUGCAAUGAACAAAUUAAAAAAGAUGGCAGUUAGAGUUAUUGCUGAAAGUCUGUCAGCAGAGGAAAUUGCAGGACUCAAGGAAAUGUUCAAAAUGAUAGACACCGAUAAUAGUGGAAGUAUUACGCUUGAGGAACUGAAGAAGGGUUUGGAAAGAGUAGGUGCCAAUCUGAAGGAUUCAGAAAUAACUAGUUUAAUGCAAUCGGCAGAUAUUGAUAAUAGUGGUACCAUUGACUAUGGUGAGUUUAUAGCUGCUAUGCUCCAUCUAAACAAAAUUCAUAAGGAGGAUCACAUGUAUGCUGCUUUUUCGUAUUUUGAUCAAGAUGGUAGCGGGUAUAUCACGAAGGAUGAGCUCCAACAGGCUUGUGAGAAGUUCGGGAUGAGCAAUAUCCCCAUCGAAGAACUUAUGCGCGAAGUAGAUCAAGAUAAUGAUGGACGCAUCGAUUACAAUGAAUUUGUAGCGAUGAUGCAAGAUACCGGUUUUGGUGAUAAGGGGAGUAGAAGAAUGUAAGCAUUGACAUUUCAGAGGCGUUAAAAGCCUGGGACUCAUGAUAAAAUCAUACUUACAUUGGGCAUUUGCGUUUAUCGUCCCCAUAAGUACAUGACAAGAGAAACUUACACUGUAUUAUAUCAUACAUACAUGUAAAAAAUAGUCAGGCAUUAGAGAGGGAAGGCUACACUAGUUUUUCUUCCUUGAUAGCAUUCACAUUUUGUAUCUUUUACUUGUAUAUUUCUCUUUUUUUUUUUUUUUUCACUCCCAUUUUGUAUCUAUGAAAUUUUUGUUACACUUAUUUAGAUUUACACUUUACCUGUCCAUUUGAUCAAUUUCAGUGUUUGCACAAGUACUUUAGAACUUGGCCCAACAGCUUCUGAGCAAACAAUUUUCAACAUAAUUAAUAGUACAGGUUUAGUUUUAGGCAUAAUACAUAAACAAGCCCUCAAACUUGGCCUCAUCUGGCAAGUAUGCCCUCCAACUUUGGGUGUGCACAAGUAGGCGCCUCAACUUGUAUAAAGUUGAACAUGUAAACACAAAUGCUGAUAUGACACAUAAAUUUUGGAGGUGUCUAGAUGAUCAU